AAAGGGAGGGGAAGGAGACAGGGAGAGAAAAAGGAAGCUCUCCGACAAGUUUUUUUGUGUGUGUUUCUCCAAAGUUACACCAACUUUCACAAUCCAAAGGUAUGACUGGAGGCCCGGUGUGGAUCAACAUGCUGAAGAGAGAAAUCUGAAGGGAGGGACGGGCACCAGUUUGUCAGCAGUUGUGCACAGCUGAUGACAACAUCAAAUAUUAACACUUUCUAAGGCCUUGGGCCUCGAGUGACCAUAAAAAGACCCUGGACAGAGAAAAGGACACACAAUGUCCUCUGAACUGGACUCCAGUCUCACCAGUAUUGACUGGCUGCCUCAGCUGGGAAUCAGCAGCCUGCGCUCGGGGAAAGAGAGAGGAGGAGGAGGAGGAGGCGAGAGGGACAAGAAGAAAGACAGAGGGAGGGAGAGAGGAGACUUUCUACCCUCUGUGCCGGACCCCUCCCCUUCUAGCUAUAAAGGAAAACCCCCUCACAGCUACGCCACUCUCAUCGCCAUGGCAAUAGCAGCUGCACCUGAGAGGAAGUUGAGCUUGAAUGACAUCUACACCUGGAUCAGUGACACUUUUCCCUACUACAGCCGAGCGGGCCGUGGAUGGAAGAACUCCAUCCGUCACAACCUGUCCCUUAAUAAAUGCUUCAGGAAAGUUCCUCGGCCUCAGAAUGACCCCGGCAAGGGCUCAUAUUGGACGAUGGAUGGACCUGCAGAGAAUCAAGUGAGGGCACCGAAGCGUCCCUACCCAGAGGAGGAAGAGGAGAGGCAGGAUGUUCUUCAAGUACAGGGGUCACAAGCAGAGAGAGGAGCCUCUCCUCAUCAGCCACCACAACCACCCCCCAACACAGACCACCAUCUUCAUAACACAGAGCCAAUGGGAGCCAUCCAGCAGCAGCCGCCCCACUCUGCCUCCCUCUCUCCUCCCCCAUGCAAGCAACCGUCACCCUACAUGCCCAGCCCGGGGUCGACUCACCCUGUCCAUCAUCCAUCUGCCUCUCCUUCAGCUGGGCUCCCACCUGCCACCCCCAUCUCCUCCAGCAACUCCUUCCCACCUCCCCAUCCACCUGGCCCCACUUACUCCAUCCCCACUGCCUCUGCUACGCCUCUGUCUGCUGCCAACAUGUCCGCAGCUUCUUCGGUGGCUCCCUCUUUCUCCAACGCCACUCUGACCUUUCCUGCUAACUCAGUGUGUGCUCCCACUUUCUCCUGUGCUCCUAACGCAGCGCCUGUGUCUAUGUGCACUGUGCCAGGACCCACUCACCCCUCUGUGUGUGUUGUCCCGUCAUCUGUUGCUCCUGUUGUCUCAUUAAACUCCUCCACUGAUCCUCCGCUGCGCUUCACCUUCGAUGAGAUGACCUUACCGGACUUGUACACGUCUUUCAAGUCUCUCUUCAAGACCAUGCGGGAGCGGGGGGGCUCACAGUCUGAUGGUGCUCCUCUGGCUGUCCCGCACAGUGACACUACCCCUCUUCACACUCCGACUCUGUUACCAUUGUCUCCUCACCCUGCUCCUGCGCCGCCCGCACCACCUCCACCAGCUGCGCACCCGCCUGAGACGGACCGCAUUCCACAAUACACGGUGCCAGCUGACUGGUUCAGUAACCCAGAUUCUCUGAAGGAGAGCUUCCGCAUUGCCAGCAGUCUAGACUGGGCAAACAUAGACCUCUCUUGUCACCCAGACCUGCUGGAGAGCAUGCGGCAGGCGGAGCUCUGCGACUGGGCCCUGGACCCGGCGCUCUUCACCUCCCUCUGUGACUCUCUGAACCGCUUCUUCACUCAGAAAGGCAUGAUCAACUCCAUGAGUAACUCCCCACUCGCCCUCGGUGCACCUCACCCCGUACAGGUCCCACCAUUCACCUCCAACCCUCCUCCUCCUCCUACCCUCUCCAGCCUCACUCACCCCUCACCCCUCCCUUACUCUCCCAUGGCUCACCCCAUCGGUGGCGUGCAGCCGCCCCGGAGGGCUCUGCACCUGCAGGGACAAGGCCUCCAGAGGCCACAGCUAACACAACCUGCACACACAACCGCUGGGAUGCAGCCUCAGUCUAUGACACCUCGACAGCGUCCUCCAUUAAAGAGUCUCCACAGCAACAGUGAGGAGAUCCAGGACGACUUUGACUGGGACUCUCUGCUCGCCUGAGCCUCGCCGUGAGCGUGUGGAGAAACAACAGAACUUUUCAGAGAAAUGUGGCUCUCACAGCCAUCUUUACUAAACUCUAUGCAGAGGCUGCCUCACUUGUGCAUCCUGAAGCUUCUCGGAGAGCAAGUUUGGGAUCAAGUUUGUCACAUAUGACUGAAUGCUGUAUUUCAAGGUUGAAAUAGUUGUGUUUUUUUCCAUGUUUUAUUCAAAUUCAUAUGCUGUAAUAACUUCUGUUAAGCUUUUCUUCUGCAGGUAAUCAGCAGGGUGUUUUUUCUGUUUUAGAUUUAUAAACAUGUUCACCAAAGAAAAUAAAGUGUAAAUUUAUUCUCGUCACAUUUUGUUCUCCGCAGCAGUAAAAAAAAAAAAAAACUACAUUUGGGAUAUAGACAUGAACUACAGAGGAAGCAUGAAACAAGCCAAACACACAUCCUGUGUUUUUGUUUUAUUUCAUAAAUUCCUUUUGAUUUUUUUUUUUCAUUUUACUUUUCAAAUGUGAAUGUUCACAGUCAUCACCACACAAAAUUCAACCUUACCCGAUAAAAGAGAUAUUUUUCUUGUUGAUAUAAAAUAACAAUAAAUUCAUCAAACUAAAUUAAAAGAACAGCAUGGA